AUGAAGGAUUUGGGAAAAUUAAAAUAUUUUCUUGGGCUUGAAAUUGCUCGUGGACCAGAAGGGAUUUAUGUUUCACAACGAAAAUAUGCUCUCGACAUCAUUGUUGAGGCUGGUCUUCUUAAUGCUAAACCAUGCUCUGUUCCAACAGAAUUAAAUCACAAACUCGCUCUUGCUUCAGCUCUACCACAUACGAAUCCCCAACAGUAUAGACGUCUGAUUGGACGUCAUAUCUAUCUCACUUUUACACGUCUGGAGCUCAGCUACAAUGUUCAUAUUCUGUCCCAGUUUAUGCAGAAUCCAUUGGAGGAACAUUGGCUUGCAGGGUUACGAGUUGUCAAGUAUCUCAAAGGAUGUCCUGGACAGGGUAUAAUGUUACGAUCUGAUUGUGAUAUGAAGCUUACGGCUUUAUGA